CACUGUUUAGACAUGGCUGUAUGAAUAACAAUACAUAUAUCUAUCUAUAUGAGAGAAACAGUGACAGGUUGGAAUCAAGUUAUCACUAACCUUGAUUAUCAUGAACAACGUUAGAAAGAUAGCUUUCAUAAUAAAUGUGUAUUUAUUUGUAUUCAAAGCUGAAUCACAAGUUGAAUCGCGGUUGUCAUUAUCAGCUGAACCGGAAGAAUUUCACUACAUCACUAAUGUGACCUUUAAGUGUCAAUCUUCGAUUGAAACUACUGAUUGUUCAGCGGAUUUCCUUUACAACAAUAUAUCUAUUGAUAGUUUAAAAGCUGUCAACGGUAGUUGUUAUCAUAUUCAAGGAUUAUGCAACACCAAAAAAUGUACAUGCCACAAUGAUUGUAAAAUAUUCACUUUAACAGUUACGAACACGAAUUAUACGACCGGAGAAAUUAUUAGUUGCAGAGUACAUUAUAACAGCAAUGGAUUUAUACACAGUAUGACAGCAACAAUAAUAUAUAAUACAAAUAAAUUUUCUCAAGUUAAUACCACUUUUGGUGUUGUUGCUAAACCAGAUGAAAGUUCAAGUUCAAAUACAGACCCUAACAAUGGAAACUCAAGUGAAAAAGACGUUGUAGUGGUAAUACUAGUAGCAGUGUUUGUAGUAAUAGUUAUCGGUGUAUUUAUCUGUCUACUUUUGAGGAUGAGAAAAAAAGAGUCUCCCAGAAAUAAACCCAAAUGUAAUCAAACAAGAGAGAGUACGGUAACAGAUAACUGGUCAGAUAAAGGGAAAGGUUGCUACGAAUUUUUAUUUCCUAUAUCAGCAAGUUCAGAAUUUGAUGCCACAGGAACGGUGUUAGAUAAAAAAAACAAAAGAACAGUUUUGUACUCGGCAGAUACAGAAACAGCGACUUCAGAAUUUGAUGUGAGAGAAACAGGGGAAGACAUAGUGUUAGGUGAUGCUGUGGUAUGUUAUGUAAUAACUAGUCUAAUGUACUUUUGAUUAAACAGAAAACGAUAUCGAAAACGACAAAAGAGAUGCCUAAAAAGGUCGUCUAUUAAUGUUAUAGAUAUAAAGACACAAUUCGAAUGUUCUGAUAAGAAAAUUCAUCACAACAUUGGCAGUGAAAAUAAUCGGUAGUCGCAAAUAAUGUGGGGGUGCAGUAUUAGCACAUUGAAAAAAUCUCCAGCUAAAAAUAGUUUUCCUGGUGAUAUUCUUCGACCCUUAUCUGAAUUUAACAGAAACGCUUACUCACAUGUUCUUACGGAUUCAACAUUUAAGAUUUACAAAUCAUUAAAAAAAACAUUGCUUAUGAGCGUAUGAUGGUUUUCGAAAUAAGGAAUUUGAAAAAAAUAUGGCUCGAUAUGGCUCGAUUCGUAGAGUUACUGUAUCAUUCGUAUAAUAAUAUAUGAAAAGAAACAAAUGGUUUAAAAAAACAAACGAUUAUAAAAUAAACAACCUUACAAAUGAUUAAAAACAUUCUUUAAACAUAUUAAAAAUAAAAUACUACAUUAAGAAACGGAACAUUAAAUGUGUCAUAGAUAUGCUCGUUUGCAAUGAUUUAUUUUAUCUACUUAAUUUCUUAUUCAUAUGACACAUGUCAUGUAUGAUGUAGAUCACCGGAGACAGUGCAAAGUUGGAAUUGGCUUUACAAGAAGCGAGAGAAGAAAUUAAACAUUUAAAGGAAAGUAUCAGUAAGCUACAGCGUGAAAAGGAAUAUCCAUUGUUAGAAAUUAGAGAAUUACAAACGGAUAGAAAGGAAAACAUGAACAUACAAAAGUUGGGAGAAUUAAAAUAAAUAAAAAACAAGAAAGAAGGUGCUGAAGAGCAAUUAACACAUUUGUAAAGUGAAUUUGUUGUCAGAGACAAAGUACAAUUACGCGGAGAACUACAAGAAACAAAGAAAGAAGUGAUAUACCUUAGAAAAGAACUGAUGGUAUAAAAAAGGCAGAAUAUUCAAAUGGGGGACAAGAUUGACUACCUGAUAAAAUUGGUUUCUGGAAAAACAAAAUUGGUUCUGAAACAACAAAAGAAUGACCAUUUAUGCAGAAAUACAUCAUGUCAAUCUUUCUUUUUCCACUAAAAAUAUUCUUUGAUUCUGUGACUUCUGAGUACUGGACGCUCUUAAAGAUUCGUUGGAAAAUUAAGAAAUGUUUUCGAUUGUGAAUUAAAAACAAAUCUGCAUUUGUGUCAAUGAUUAAUCAUUAUCAAUAUUAUUUCUUUCCAACAAAUAUUAUAUUUAUUUAGUUUC